AGUGUGUCGUGAAUUAGUUGUGAGUUUUAAAACUGUCGAACUUUGUGAACAUUUUUUUGGUGUUGAUAGUGGCGGCAAAUUGGAUCGCGCAAAAAUCCAAUCCUGCUUCAGGAGAUAAGACUCACCACACAAAACCAUCAACAACAGCCAGAUAAUUUGAACAGAAACAAUAAAAAUAUUCAUCCGAGCACAAAUACAUUCGAAUAACAUUGUUGAUAAAAAUUAAAAAUCGACAUUAUUUGCGAUGUCUGGCAAAAUGGAGAAGAUAGUGGGCGUCAAAGAGCUGACAAAGAACCCAGGAGCCAUGUGGAGAGCGCUUUUGGCUGAGUUCAUUGGUAAUGUGCUUCUCAACUUCUUCGGUUGUGCUUCAGUGGUCAAUGUCACGGACCCAAACCAGCCCGCCGACUUAGUUUUGAUAGCCCUGACUUUCGGUCUGACAGUGUUUAUGGUAGUAAUGACAAUAGGACAUGUCAGCGGAGGGCACAUUAACCCUGCGGUCACAUCGGGGAUGCUUGUCACCGGCAGAAUUUCCAUUCUCAAAGGUUUGCUAUAUAUGGUCGCACAAUGUUUGGGAGCAUUGGCUGGAUCAGCAGCUUUGAAGUCGUUAACACCUGAAUCUGUCCAAGGAAUGCUUGGAGUGACCUCACCAGGAGGUCCAGUUAGUCCUGCACAAGCUUUGGGAGUAGAAUUCUUCUUGGGAUUCGUUUUAGUACUUGCCGUGUUUGGAGCAUGUGACGAAAACCGAGACCAGCCCGUCCGUUAUUUGGCACCCCUGAGCGUGGGUCUCACUGUAACAUUGGGCCAUUUGGCAGCUGUUGAUUAUACUGGAUCUGGUAUGAAUCCAGCACGUGCUUUUGGAUCUGCCGCUUUGGCUGGACAUUGGCAAGAUCAUUGGGUCUACUGGGUUGGCCCCAUCCUCGGAGGUAUUGCUGCAGCUUUAUUGUACACAACUGCUUUUACUGCUCCAAAAUUACACACUGUAACUGCUCCAGUCAACGAGAGAUACAGAGUGCCUGCUGAUGAAAAAGAGAUGAAACGCUUAGAUGGCAACAAUAAAAUAGAAGAACCAUGAGAUCUCAUUUCGUAUCAUAAAC